AUGUCAUUCUCCGAUUCCGAAUACUCAUCCUUCCACGGCGGUGAGUACAAGACCUUUCGUCAAAUCAGCCGCGACCGUUUGUUAUAUGAAAUGCUCCAACAGUCAAAAGCAGGAUCAGCAUGGAAGGUACUCAUCAUGGACAAAGUUACACUAAAAGUGAUGUCCCAUUCAUGCAAAAUGGCAGAUAUCACAGACCACGGAGUUUCGUUGGUGGAAGACCUUUUUAGAAGACGAGAGCCGCUGCCUUCAGUGGAUGCCAUAUAUUUCAUUCAACCUUCCAAGGAAAAUGUCGUCAUGUUCUUGUCUGACAUGUCGGGAAGAGAACCAUUAUACAAGAAAGCACAUGUAUACUUCAGUUCACCUGUUCCAAAAGACCUCUUAACGCGCAUAAAAAAUGACUGUAGUGUUCUACCGCGUAUUGGUGCAUUAAGAGAGGUGAGCAAGCAAUAUGCACAUAUGAAUCUGGAGUACUUCCCGACCGACAGCCAGGGUUUCGUAACGGACCAUGAAAGAGCACUUGAAGAGCUCUUUGCUGAAAAUGCAGAAAAUUCCCGCAGAUUUGACACGUGUUUGAAUGAAAUGGCAUUGAGAAUCGCGACUGUUUUUGCUUCACUAAAGGAAUUUCCUUUCGUGCGUUGUAAAGCUACCAAAGGACUUGAUGCCACCACAGCCACAAGCGUUCGUGAGUUGAUCCCUAUGAAGCUGGCUUCAGCAAUUUGGAACAAUAUCUCACAUUAUAAAUCUUCCAUCCCCAAUUUCCCAUCGACAGAAACAUGCGAAUUGCUUAUAGUGGACAGAUCAGUCGAUCAGAUUGCACCUGUCAUACAUGAAUGGACGUAUGAUGCAAUGUGUCACGAUUUGCUUGAUCUUGAUGGAAAUAAAUACGUACAGGAGAUCCCAAGCAAAUCAGGUGGCGAGCCUGAACGAAAGGAAGUCCUUUUGGAAGAUCACGAUCCUGUCUGGCUUGAGCUUAGGCAUGCUCACAUAGCAGAGGCAAGCGAGAAGUUGCACGACAAAAUGACAAAUUUCGUCAACAAAAACAAAGCAGCCCAAUUACAACAGAGAAACGGUGGCGAGUUGUCCACGAGAGAUUUGCAGAAAAUGGUUCAAGCUUUGCCACAGUACAAUGAACAGAUGGAAAAACUCUCUCUCCAUGUCCAGAUUGCAGGGAAAAUUAACAACAUCAUCAGAGAUUUGAAUCUUCGAGAUCUUGGACAGUUGGAACAGGAUCUCGUAUUUGGCGAUGCUGGUACAAAGGAAGUCAUCAAUUUUCUAAGGUCGAAGCAGGAUGGAAUGUCCGAAAAUAAAUUGCGGCUUCUGAUGAUAUACGCUGUUGUAUAUCCGGAAAAGUUUGAGGGUGACAAAGCAUUAAAGCUCAUGCAGUUGGCAAAGCUGACACGUGCGGACAUGAAAACAGUUAAAAAUAUGAAAUUGCUCGAGGGAUCAAAUACUAAAAAGGCUUCGCAUGGGGCUUUCUCUCUAAAGUUUGAUACAGCAAAGCUUGUAGAAUUAAUUUCUGAUAUUCGCUACUGUUUUGAUUAUCAGAGGAAGCAUGCAGAAAGAGCGGAUCGAACAGGAGAGGAAGAGACGUGGGCUCUAUUUAGAUUUUAUCCGAAGAUAGAGGAGUUGAUUGAAAAGUUAAGUAAAGGAGAACUGCCGAAAGACGAGUAUCAAUGCAUGAACAGUUCUGGUUCUUCCAACCAGGGGACUCAAGGGAACAGUGGACCGCCACCUGGCGCCCCAGGUAGACCAGGCACAACAGGUGCACCUCAUUCCAUGAGAUCAAGAAGAACCGCUACGUGGGCCCGAUCCCGAACUUCUGAUGAUGGAUAUUCAAGUGAUUCGGUCUUGAGAAGUUCAUCGAGCGAUCAUAGAAAGAUGGGGCAGCGCAUUUUUGUAUUUAUAAUUGGUGGGGCGACCCGAUCUGAGCUUCGUGUUUGCCACAAACUUACGGCAAAGUUAAGGAGGGAAGUCGUUCUUGGUACCACCAGUCUCGAUGAUCCGCCUCAGUACAUUACGAAACUCAAGCUGUUGUCUGAGAAGGAGCUUUCGAUGGAAAACAUUAAUAUUUGAAAGGUUUCGAUCAGACAGCAAAUAGGUUGGUUCUAUGUUAUGCAAGAUGAUAGUCCCCUGUACAUUGUCCACGUCAUUAUUUAUUCUUUCAUUACUUUUAUAGAGUUCCUCUUUUUUU